AUGUCUGUUGCCGAAUUUUCCCUUGAUGGCUUGGCUGAUUCCUUAAUCUGUCAACUUGACCGUUCAAGAAUCUUUCCCCCUUAUCAUAACGAUGCUGAAGAAUAUGUUAUAGCAGCACAUUCAAAAAAUAAAAUACCGAAAAGGUCCCCAAAUGCAUUUCUUCUUUGCCGUAAAAAUGUUCAUAAAGAAGCGAAACGACUUGGCGUUUCCAAUAUGCGAGUAAUAAGUAAAGUAACUGGUAUUCUUUGGCGCGAAUCAACUGUUGAAGAAAAAGAAGUUUAUGAAGAUCUUUCAUCAAUGCUUGAUGAUGCAUCAUCUAUUUUGGCUUAUUUUUCGUUGCAUUGUUCGUGA